AUGGUAGUUAAUUUCAAAAAGAGGUUUUACGACAGGCUCCUCGCCUGCGUUUCUUUUCUCAUUAAAGGGUUUUCAUACGCCCUUCACUUCCACCAGAAGAGAGAAGACGCAGGCGAGAUACAUGGCUCAGUCGCCAUAAUAAGUCUGGAGCGAAUUAACGAAAUGCUUUGCCUGUCUCGGAAAACAUCUAGCCGUUCCUCGAAAAAGAAAAAAGAGUGGUGGUGUGGCCUUGUAAAGCAAGCUUUGUUACCUAGCCUGGUGUUUUCUCAAUGCAUAAUGGAUGGUUAUGAGGUUCUCGUGGUCGAUCUUUACAAUACUGAUUCUUCUUUUCGGGUAAUUUUAGUAUAUAGAGUCCCUAGUUGUAACUCAGAAAAGACCAGAAAGAUGACCAAAUGUGUUAGUGAUCUCCCUUCUUCUCAGGCUAGCUGUCUCCUUAUGGGAGAUUUCAACUUUUUAGACCUUGCGUGGUUUCCUAAACCCUGCGGUCACUGCGGUAAAUCACAGGUUUUUCUCACUAUGCUUCUCAAUCACGAGUACUUUCAAUUUGUCGAUUUUUGUACUGGAAUCGUAGCCUUCUUGAUCUCAUUCUUUGCAAUGACAAAUCCGCUAUUCGCAAUUCGGAGCUGA